AUGUCGGAGCGUAAGUCAACGAAUAAAUACUACCCUCCGGACUAUGAUCCUGUUAAGGCGGAACGGGAAGCUCGGAAGCUUUCCAAACGUCUUAAAACGAUGAACAAAGACACAAUCACUAUUCGACUCAUGACUCCUUUCAGCAUGCGUUGUCUCAAAUGCAACGAGUUCAUACCCAAGAGCAGAAAGUUCAACGCCAAGAAGGAAUCUUUACCGGAAAAGUACUUGGACAAGAUUCGUAUAUACCGAUUUGAAAUACGAUGUCCCAGUUGCAACAACGUCAUAUCGUUUAAGACCAACCCUCGUACGGGAGACUAUACCAUGGAUUUUGGAGGGGUUAAGAACUUUUCAGCGUCCAGCGAGUCUGAGAAGCAAAGUUCAGUGCCUGAGAACGAGACGUUGGAACAAACACUAGAGAGGUUAGAGAAGGAGCAAGAGCGGGAGCAACUCGAGGCCAAUGCGGGUCCAGGCGAGCGUCAAGCUGGUUCUCUAGACGACGAGGGGAAAGACAGAAUAGAGCUUAUAGAGGAGAGACUAGCUAAGCUACAAAAAGAACAGGAGGACGACUUGGCGCUUGAAGAGCUUGCUCUUCAAGAACAGCAGAAACACGGCAAGCUUGAUGAGUUGCACGAGGCGCGCAAACGGAUGCAAGAAGACCAGGAAGUUUUGGAUGAGAUGAUUGCUGAUCAGGCGUUUGAGGAGGUGGAGCAGCAGCAGCAGACUGAAGCCAAGGUGCAAACAGAGUCAUCGGAACUGGAUCCCGAUCAAAGACCCAAGCCUGUACUCGAGGCUAUAGUACCGAAGAAGCUAUCUUUGAAGAGGAAAAAAAACCCGUUAGGCGUCAAACUGAAGAAGAAAAAGACUGUUUAA